AUGGCGUCGCCGGCGGCUCUGGACGUGGCCGCGCGCGACGUCGUGCGUCUGAUCCUGCAGUUCCUGCGCGAGCACCGCCUGUUCCACGCGCUCGAGGCGCUGCAGCACGAGACGCACGUGGCGCUCGACGUCGUGGAGGCGCCCGCGUCGCUGCAGCGCGACAUUGUCAACGGCCGCUGGGACCGCGUGCUGCCCCAGACGCGGGGCGCGCUCGCGGGCCGUCCUGCGGCGCUCAUGGACCUGUACGAGCUGCUGGUGCUCGAGCUGAUUGAGCGACAGGAGACGGACGUGGCGCGGGCGCUCGUGCAGCAGACGCCGGCGCUGCAGACGAUGCGCGCGACGCAGUUGGAGCGGUACCGGCGCCUCGAGGCGCUGGCGCGUGGACCGUUUGAUGCCGCUGCGGUGUUUGGGGACGUCAGUAAACAGCAGCGGAGGGACGCGCUGGCGGAACAGGUGGGGCAGAGCGGUGCGGAGGUGGAGCCGUCUCGACUGCUGGUGCUGCUGGGCCAAGCGAUCAAGUGGCAGGAGAUGCAGGGGUUGAUUGUGCCGGGGGAAGACGUGGACUUGUUUCGAGGAGGGGCAAAGGAGAACGUGGUGGAUCGCGUGGACGCGCUGGUGCGACGGCCUGCGGGAAAGCUCAAGUUUAGCAAGUCGUCCGUGCCGCAGUGUGUUCGGUUCAGUCGGGACGGGCGGAUGCUUGUGACGGGCGCCAAGGACGGGUUGGUUGAGGUCUGGGACUGGGACAAGUGUACGCUGCGAAAAGACCUCGAGUACCAAGCACAGGACGAGUUUAUGAUGCAUGAUGCGAGCGUGACAGCAGAAGCGUUUAGUCAGGAUGGAGAGUUGCUGGCAACAGGUAGUGAAGACGGCACGGUCAAGGUGUGGAAGGUUGCUACGGGCACGUGUCUGCGUCGCUUUGACCGUGCGCACAGUCAGGGGAUCCAGAGCAUUGUGUUCUCACGGGAUGGCACGCAGCUGCUCACGGCUUCGUUCGAUCACCUCGUUCGCAUUCAUGGCCUCAAGUCGGGUCAGACACUGAAAGAGUUUCGCGGCCACGAGAGCUACGUCAACACAGCCGUCUUGACGUCGGACGGUAGCAGAGUUGUCUCGACGUCGAGCGACGGAACGCUGAAGAUCUGGAACGCAACGACAGCAGAGUGUCUGCAGACUAUACGCCCGCCUGCCGAGUCCUUCAAUGCUGAAGUUGAUGUCGUGAGUGCGUUGCUAGUGCCAAUCACGUCUGGAAUGGGCGAGGACAUUAUCAUGUGCACACGCACGAGCGAGAUGCAUCGUAUGUCGAUGGCAGGGAACGUGGUGGCGACGUACAAGGGCGACCCUUUCGAUGACAAGAAAGUUGGCAACUUUGUUGCGUGCACGCUGUCGAUGCGUGGCAAAUGGUUGUAUGGCGUGACCGACAAGGGGUUCCUCGUGAGCUUCGCUGCAACAACAGGCGAGCUCGAGUCGUCAUUGCAAGUUUGCAACGCCGAUGCGUUUGGCAUUGCGCAUCACCCACACCGCAACGUUGUAGCGACAUAUGGCAGCGACCGAUACGUCCGACUAUGGAAAGCGUGA